AUGCAGCACAUGUCGGAAUCAGUGUUUGUGGGACUGUGUAAGAUAGUUGGGACCUCACAACAGGUGACCUUUAGAAGGGAGUCAAGGGACAUCAGUGAGAUGGUGGAGAGACGAGUUACACCUAAUAAUGCGUUCAUCAAGAUGAUGAGUGGAAGUCGGAGAGAAGGAUUUAGACUGGAGGGAUCAGAUUAUGACUUUAUGUUUUGGCCAAACAACCACCGAGUGAUCAUCGACAUGUCUCAGUCUGAGUAUUACAACACAGCCAAUACAGCCUUGAUUCUCUCUGACAAUUUUGAGAGUCCACCAGGAUUUACUCUACUUCAGUUACUGACACCAACAACAUACAGAGACAUCUACUCAGCAUUAGUCAGAAUGAAUGACAGAGCCUAUAUAUCUAGUUCUAUAUACAGACACCUAACUUUUUCAUCAAUUUACCCUAAUUCCACUGUACAUGGACCAUGUGGUACUGGUAAAGUGGGAACGUUGGAAUAUGACACUGCCCACUGUUUUGUUUGUGACUUUUGGCCUUCGUCUGCCUCCUCGUGGAUAGACAGAUGUCACUCAUGGCCUAUUACUGAGGUUGUUCAUGAUAUUGUGAGGAAUGGUUGUCACUUUGUAGCAAUAGGACACCCGUUAGGAAUUCAUGAAAAUGAAGAGUGGAGAAUUUCCUUUUCUCAGGCUGAAUAUAAACUUGUGUAUUCAAUGAACCACUGUCAAUUUUUGACAUACGGAUUGUUAAAAAUAUUUUUAAAAGAAGUUAUAGAUCAACAAUCAGAAGAAACCAAUAAACUGUUGUGUUCCUAUCACAUGAAGACAACCGUUUUCUGGGUGAUUCAAAAUAACACACUACCUUACUGGUGUCCACAAAAUCUCCUGACCGGUUUCUGGGUCUGCUUUAAACUUCUCCUUAAAUGGGUUUACAAGGGGAUCUGUCCUAACUUUUUCAUCCCCCAAAACAACAUGUUUAUGACAAAGGUCAAUGGCUCAUCACAAAACAGAUUGUUCCUACAGUUACAUGAAUUGUACAAGAAAGGUCUGGCUUGCCUGUUACAGAGUUCCUCUAUCAGGUCCUUCAUCAUUGAUGUUCUGUAUAAUCCCAGACUUUCUAUUUGUACAGAUGAUAGAUUUUUCUUGUCUGAAGUUGAUCUUGAUAGAGAACUUGUCAUUGAGUCCAGAUUUGGUAUAAUAUUUCAACAACCCAGCCUUACCAAAGCCAUACAAAGAGUAGAACAGUUGAUAAAAACAGUAGAACAGUUGGUAGAGUUACCCCUGACACACUAUCAGGCUAUUAUAUUACAGAGACUUACAGCCAGAAUGUUACAAAGUACUGCCUUUAUAAAUUCAAACAUGUAUACUAACACCGGUGUCAACAAACAGAUGUAUAUUGCAGACAAAAUGUCAUGUCACAUGCUCAUAUUAGCAGCCAAGUUUGGGGGUGUUUCUGACAUGUUGUACAUUGCCAUGUAUUAUUACAAGACAUUCAGAUACAGGGAAGCUUUAUCUGUUAUAGAGAUGACAAAGGUCAAGUUAUCACAGCCGUAUCUGAUGUAUAGGGAACAUGUAGACAGAGAGAGGUAUGCUGAGGCUGUAGGGGGACAGUCCUGGUCUACAAAGAUGAGACAGGCUGUAGAAGAUGAUAUCAUACUUAACCGUGAAAUCUGUUUUAUCAGUGAACUGAUCCCAGAGCAACAGUCAAGACGGUCUUGUUUAAUUAUCCCAGUGUUUUUAAUGGUACAUUUUCUAGAUUUUUUGUGUUACAGACACAUUGAUACAACAUUAUCAAAAGCAGCUCUAGAUGAGCUACAGGUCCUUGUCCACCAUGAUCAGGGACUGUAUGUACCUGAUCUACACAGAGACAUCUCAUGGGAGAUUUUGGGGAUCUGUCAACAGAUCACAGGGAACCUCCAGGCUGCUCUAUACUCAUACCAGCAGUCACUCACACAGCAUCCAUCGAACGGAAUUCAAACUGCUACGCAUAUGAGAAUACAAGAUGUUGUCAGUCAGUUGAACAAUUGA